CAAAGUUUUGCACAUUCUCACGUCUUGCUCUCCCCUCUUACAGAGUUGACCUCAGAGGUGGCCCGACUCAAUCAGGAGCGCACCAAUCUUCAAAUUCUCCUCGACUCUAAAGCAGCCGAACUGCUUACCGUCAGUGGUCAACUGGCAGGAUUACGCAAUCGCCUGCUCGAGGACAACCAGCUUCAGUAUCUUGAGCAGGCGAACGGCGAGGCCCGUAGUCCGCCGAAGCCUGGAAUGUCUGCAAUACAGUCGAAAAGCGGUCCACUCUUGGAAUCCGGCUACAGUCUGGCCCGGCGAAAUUCCGACGAGGGUCGAAGCGCCUACAUACCUAAUUUAGCAGGAGGUGGAAUCUCCUAUCUUCAUUUUUAA